AUGGCAAUGAUGUACAUGCUGUCGGAUUUACUUUUGAGAAGCAAAUGGUUAGCAAAUGCUGGAUUUGAGGAAUAUUACAAACCUUUUCCCGGUCAAUUUGUUUGCUAUAGACAUUUCUUGAAAAAUGAUUAUGAAAUUAAUAAAAACAUGCCGGGGCAUAAAUUUCUGCUGAAGAAAGGAUCUGUGCCGACGGUCUUUGACAACUAUCAUAAUCAUCCAGAUCCUGUGGUGCCAUUAACAGUAACAAAGUCACCCGUAAAAAGUAAUAAUAAUUUACCUGAAAAUUUAAUCCCGACAAACUCAGAAAUGACACAAUUGGAGCCAGAAAAUAUACCUGAAGCUCAAGGGUCAAAUUCAAAACCCGAAGAACUUAAAAAAGAGGUUCCUAAUAAAGAUUUACUCAUAAAUUCGAGUAACAAAUUUGAAAGUAUAAAAAAACCAGCUGGUUCUGAUAAUUUGGGGAUACAAAUUCAAAAUGUGAUUGAUACUACGGUUGAAAAAAAAGAAUUCACUGAAAAAUUCACUGAAGACCCUCCCGCAGAACCACCACCUCUUCUAGAUGAUCCGGUGGACAAUGUAAAACUUAAUGAAGAUUCCUGUAAAUCUAAUGGAGAUAUAGAAAAUAAUAUCCAAGAGCCAAACGUUGAAAAUGGAAAAUUUUCCAAGUCCAGGAAUGCUGUAGUCGUGGAGACUGAUUGGAGAGAACGAGAAAUUUUGAUAAAUUUUGAUAAACGUCGUCCGACAACUAAUGAGUGGAUAUCAAUGGAUAGUCCUAGAUUGAGAAGCAUCCGACCUAGUGAGGAAGUAUGGGUACAACCAACCGAGAGCUCAAAAAUGCAUAAAUAUGACGUGCUGUUUGAUGACGGUUAUCAAAAAAUAGUCCGUGGAUCGAAAAUAACUAAAAUAGCCUCUGCCAGUUCUAAGGGAAUGGAGACAGAUGCAUACAUUGGCAGCAAGCAAGAGCGAAGAGAUAAGAGCAGAAAACACACAGUGAAAGAUUUAUUUUCACACAAAAAAAGGACUAAAUUGGACGGAGUUGACCAAUCACUGACCAAAAAAGAUGACACUUCUUUAACUGAUGCAGAACAAUUGAACAAUUCUGAAAGCAUGAACGAAAGUACAGAUGCAGCUGGUACUGAACUUGAAGAAUCUAUCUUGGAGCAAGUUCCAAUUGAGACUCCAAAACCCAAGCCCAGGAAUGGCGCAAAGAGAAAACGCGAAGUCGUGGUUGAUUAUGAUGAUGAUGGUGGACCAGAGUGGGUCGACGGUGAACCUCAGGGUAUUGAAUCAUUUGUCGUAGAUGGUAAUGAAGGGUCACGUCGAUCUAUAUUAAUUCCUGACAAAAAAUUGCCACCUGGAUGGCAGAAGCAUUUCAUCCAAAGAAAAACUGGUAACUCAGCUGGUAAAUGGGACGCUGUAUUUCUUCAUGAAGCCUCCAGUAAAAAAUUCAGGUCCAGGAGCGACUUGAGAGCUUUCUUCGACACCCAACGGCUCAGUAACUUUGAUCCAAAUAAAUUUGAUUUUUGUGUGCAUCGCAGAAAAAGACCAGCUGUUGCUAAAGAAAAAUUAGAUUCUAGUGCAAGUGCUGGUACUUCCUCGGCAACCAAUGAACCGGCUAGGAAAAUAAAAACACUUUUGCCUAAAAGUAAAACUGCUGCGACGAAUGAUUUGUUACUAACAUCGGUAACUCCUAGUUAUCUUACUCCGGUUCCUGCUACGCCUGUUGAAGAUACUGGUGCAGUUUUUAUUGGAGGACUAAGAGUAGAAAUGGAGGACAGCGCCUACAAAUGUCCCAAGGAAGGAUGUUCCAAGACUUUUCGCAAAGAAAAUCUCCUUCAAAUGCACAUAAAGCACUAUCACCCUGAAUUUUCAAAGUAUCUCGGAUCCACACCAAAUGUCGCGGACUUGGCGUACGCACGAACAAUAGGUGAGCCAAUUAUCGACGGAACUCCCAAAAAAUCAAACAGUAAUUACGUCGACAAGCCAACAAUCAGCCGAAGUGACAAAAGGAAGAGCCACUCUGAUAAAUUUUCAACUCCUUUGGCCCAUCAAUCUUUUGCUGCGUCUUCUCCACUGUCUGUAGCCUCGCCUGAUAUGUCUCAGAUUGACCAUCCGAUGAACGGACUUAAAGAUGACAUAAAGUCCGACUUAAUGUCACCUUGCUCGAACGCUUCUUUAGAUAUUGAUGAUGAAAUGGCGAAAAAAUCAGACGGCAGCUGUGCAAUGUCGCCCGGCACGCUUUUUGAUCUAAAAUCUAGGGAAGAAAAAACUCAAGCUGGGAUUAAAACUUUGCUACCUUUAAGGCCGGCUAAUUCUGUGGAUACAACACGGCUGGAUCGCUCCAAGUCGCUUGAUGACACUUUUAAUGCUGAUAGAGGACAGCGCAAGAGGCAAUUGUCCGAGUACAGUUCUGAUAAUUCAACUAAAAGUAAAAAACGGCAUGGCAUACAGGAGCUUACGGAUGAUUAUGGGGAUUUAGAUGACAGCGCAAUGGAUAUCGAUGGACCUUCACCACUAGUGUAUAGAUUCAGUCGUAGAAAAUCUGAUUCUAAGAGCGACGAUAACAGUCAGAAUGGAGAAUGUAUGAUGAUGAUGAUAAAUGGCGAGAUGGUUAAAGUCGAACAAUUAAAGCGCGAAGAGAUAAUAAAUUGUACUUGCGGAGUCGUCGAAGAAGAUGGACUAAUGAUACAAUGUGAUUUGUGUCUUUGCUGGCAGCACGGGCAUUGUAAUUCUAUUGAACGUGAAAAAGAUGUUCCGGAAAAAUAUAUUUGUUUUAUUUGCCAGAAUUCUUAUCGUCAGAGGCCAUCGAAAAAAUACGCACAUGAUCAAGAUUGGAUUAAAGAAGGAAAAUUGCCGAGCUUGACUAACAGACAUAAAAAUCAAGAGAAGCUUAAUAAACGAUUUGCGAUGUUAAAACGAUCUAAUGAUUUAGUAGGAGCAUUGCUGAAGCCAACUACCCCAGACAUGGACAUCACUCAAUUAGACAUAAAACCAGAAGGAACAUGUCCGAUGACCAAAAACGAAAUUAAUGGCGACAAAUCGAUCAACUCUGAUUCAGAGUUGAUGAAAAUUCUUGAAGAGGACAAUAGCUGUGUGAAUGAUGAUUUAAAAGUCAAAAAAGAAAUUUCGGAUUCAAAAAACAUCGAAGACAGUCCGGUAGUAAAAAAUGAGACUGAGGCUCCUCAGACUGAUAAAAUAGAAGAUAUUAAAAUAGAAGAUAGUGAAGAAAAUAUUAAAGACCAACUUAAUCCGUCGAGUACAGAUAGCCAAGUACAAUUUAAUGCGAGUAAUAAUAAUGAGUCACUGCUGAAUGAUUGCAAGAGCGAGCAAGCUAAGUCAAAGCCUUUUGAGCCAUUACCAGAACAACCACCGCCGCCUCAACAGCCUUUCAUCCCUGAACCAGAAGCUCCGAUUGAUCCUGAUGAAUGUAGACUACGUUUGUUGAAUCAUAUAGAACACUUUCAGAAUCAUAUGGAAGUACAUCUGACCAGUGUUGAGAGCCAAGUGUCAUUUUUAGAAGCCAUGGAUCCUGAUGAUGACCUAGCUGCGGAUAAAGUUGAUAUUCGGUGUAAAGAAACUAUUCAAAUG